ACAAUGUUGUGAAGUUCCGUGGGCUCAAGGGAUCUUAGUGCUGCAGAUUUACUGCAAUCUGAUCAUCACUAUAAUACAGGUGUUAUUCAUGUGCAGGUGUUUGUUAAACAGGUUACAGGCUGCUGCUCUGGCACUGAUAACUCUGUGUCCUAUGGAAGCCAAUUUCUGCCAAUGUGACGGAAAAAUCUUCAAUGACAGUAUCCAUUUCGUCUUCUGUGAAGGUUUCUCUCGUGUAUCUUCGAUCCUCAGAGAUCGCUCCUUGAUCCUUGCUACUCUGUGCAGAAAUAAGUGCUUUGGGAUGACCUGCAAGAUGGUGGACCAGAACAAACUUCCGGUUCUAGCUAGCAGCGAGGAAAUGUCAAAUAAUUUGGGAUGUGCCCCUGGACUCCUUAGUUUUUGUGACUUUAACAAAGGAAACCUCAGCCACAAACUCCCCAAAUACAAACAAUGUAUUAAAUGCUUGACCAGAGAGGAGAAUAUUAUGGAUCACUGUUACACUAUAGUCAGCAGUGCAUAUCAAGUGUUCAGGAGUGGGGACAGGGAUGGGUUCAAAAAGUCACAAGUAAAAAAUGUACAAGUUUACUUUGUCUUUCAAAGCUUUCACUUUGAAAGACAAAGGGACAGUCCUGAUACCAUCCCCCGUUACACCCUCCACCACCUCCAUCUCAUCAGCUCUCCUACCCCCAGCUCAGCAGGAACCUGGGCCUAUCCACAACUCCACCCCUCUGUGACCCUCCACCUCCUACUCGACAGAGAUGACUCUCUGUCUUCAGGAGAGGGAUGUCAACAGGCUCUUUAAGAGCCAGAACCCCCGCAAAGCAGUCGGACCAGACUGUCUUUCCAUCAUGUGACAGUCUGUUUUCAAAGCCUCCACCAUCAUCCCCAUCCCCUAAAACCAAAGACCAAAUGGACUCAACGACUACAGACCUGUCACCCUGACCUCUGUGGUCAUGAAGUCUUUUGAGCGCCUUUGAGAGCCAUAACGGACCCACUCCUGGCCCCCCUGCAGUUCGCUUACAGAGCCAACAGGUCUCCAUUUUUUAGCUGAGGAUGUCUCUGCAGUCUCAGAUGUUGGCUCUUGUCUUGGUCCUUGUCUUCAUGGGCUCUUGCCCUUACAUGGCAGCCCCUCCAGGUGAGCCAGAUGAUGAAGCUUUUGACCUUGAGAACUACGACCUGAACAAUGAGAUGGACUGGGAGAAACUGGACCUGUUUGGAAACAUUUAUGAGUAUGAUGACUUGGACCAAGAGUUUGAAGUGGGUACUGUGGCACCAGCCAACCAGCAAACUGCUGAACACUACGAAAAGGAGGGGACCCUGCCCACCCCACCUCUAGCUCCUGUCACCCUGGACUUUAAGGGACCAGGUAUCUUUGGCCCUGAGACUGGCCUGGGUAUGCCUAUUUGUCUACUGUGUGUCUGCAUUGGUGGGAGUGUGUACUGUGAUGACACAGGCCUGGAUCAGAUACCAGUCCUGCCAAAAGACACCACUCAUUUUUAUGGCCGCUUCAACAAGAUUCGACAUGUCAAGAACACAAACUUCAUCAACCUGAAUAAGCUCCAGUCCAUUGAUCUAACAGGGAAUAAGAUUUCUGGAAUGGAUGAGGAAGUGUUUCGUUCUCUGCCGCAGCUCCAGGUGUUACUGUUGGCGGAUAACAACCUGCAGGUCAUGCCUGAGCUGCCAAUCACCAUGAAACACAUCGAUCUACGCAACAACAGGCUGAUCAGUCAUGGGGUACAUUCUGAGGGAUUCAAGGAUAUGAGCCAGCUGGAAUUCCUCUAUAUGUCUAACAAUAACCUGGAUUACAUUCCUACACCGCUCCCACUUAGCUUGAGAGUUUUACACCUGCAGAAUAACAACAUCCAGUCUCUGCAUGAAGACACCUUCUGUAACCGCCAUGAUCGCAACUUCAUCCGCAGCAACCUGGAAGAUAUCCGUCUGGAUGGCAACCCCCUGAACAUCAAUCUGUUUGCCAAGGCCUAUGUCUGCCUCCCACGCCUGCCUGUAGGGAGUCACUAACAGCUGCCAAAUUAGGCAAAAAAGAAAUCUGUUUUAUGUGAAUAUUGGUAAUAUGGGUAGAAUUAUAUGGGGGUUGAGGGCUGUUUGAAAUACCUAAUCAUUUGUCUAAAUAUUCACAGUCAAUUUUUAUGCCAUAAAUCUGUGGAAUUGGAAGGAAGGAACAGCCUUUAAAACAUCAUGAGACAUGCAUUGCAUUACUGAAACUGAUUGAAUAUUUUUUGGCUUUGUAAGGCUCAUUUAGGUUGUAUAUGGCUAAUGUGUUCCCUAUUUACAGUCCAGCAGACACAGAGCAACACAGCAUUUAUUUUGAGUCCACUUGUUGAACAAAUUAUCUGUUAAAUACCACCAGUGUUGGGUAGUAACACAUUACAAGUAAUACUAUUACUUUCCCCAGCAACUAGUAGUGAAACUAAUUAACAAUACAUUUCAGUAAUAAUAUUAGUAACCCCCUAAAAAUAAUUAGUUACAACCCUACUUUUGUUGUCACCCUCCUACUGUUUGGAAAUCGGAUCACGUCCACAUAUUCAUUUUUGUAAUUGUGGAGGAAACUAGUUUGGAAUAUGGAAACCCUAACAUUCAGUGGCUGGAAAUAUUCCAUUACUUUAAUUUUAACUAACAAAACUAGGGGGAAAGGAGGAAAUUACCAAUUUUGUGGGGUAGCAGGUAAUAUAUCUACAAUAUUACAUUUGAAAAGAGUAAUGAGUAAUAAAUAACAUAUGUAGAGUACCUGGCCCAACACUGAAUACCACUGUUAGUCACUGGCUAAAAAGCUCUUGGUGAUAAUUCUCAUUCUUCAACUAACCCCACUGACAUUAAACAUAACCUUUGAUACACUGAUAGGAUGAAAAUAUGGAUCAGUGCACCUGUAAUUACUGAUAUUAUUGUUAUAGGGAGAAGAAAGAAACUUCAAUAUGA